GCGGCCGGCGGGGGCUGGCCGGCGCAUGGGCGGGGAGGGCCCGCCACCGGCCGUGACAUGAGCGCAGCGCGGCGCCCUGCCUAGAGCCGCUCCGCGGGAGCCGCCCGCAGCCAUGGCAUCUGAAGAGGCCUCACUACGGGCUUUGGAGAGUCUAAUGACAGAGUUUUUCCACAAUUGCACAACAAAUGAACGGAAACGUGAAAUAGAGGAGCUUUUAAAUAACUUUGCCCAGCAGAUAGGAGCCUGGAGAUUCUGUCUCUAUUUCCUGUCAAGUACAAGGAACGACUAUGUAAUGAUGUACAGUUUGACUGUGUUUGAGAACCUAAUCAAUAAGAUGUGGCUUGGGGUCCCAUCUCAAGACAAAAUGGAGAUCCGCAGCUGCCUGCCCAAGCUUCUUCUAGCUCACCACAAAACCCUGCCUUACUUCAUCAGGAACAAACUCUGCAAAGUCAUUGUGGAUAUUGGCCGACAAGACUGGCCAAUGUUCUACCAUGAUUUCUUCACUAACAUCUUGCAGUUAAUUCAGUCUCCUGUGACUACUCCUUUGGGACUGAUCAUGCUGAAAACUACUUCAGAAGAGCUGGCAUGUCCACGAGAGGAUCUUAGCGUAGCCCGGAAAGAAGAGUUAAGGAAGCUGCUCCUGGACCAGGUGCAAACAGUACUUGGGCUCCUCACAGGUAUUUUGGAGAGCAUCUGGGACAAACACAGUGUUACUGCUGCCACUCCACCACCAUCCCCAACUUCAGGAGAAAGUGGUGACCUGUUAAGUAGCCUGUUGCAGAGUCCCAGUGCAGCCAAAUUAUUGAACCAGCCAAUCCCUAUCCUUGAUACAGAGAGUGAAUAUAUAUGUUGCCUGGCACUGGAGUGCCUGGCACACCUCUUCAGCUGGAUCCCUUUGUCCACUAGCAUCACCCCAUCACUCCUCACCACCAUUUUCCACUUUGCUCGCUUCGGCUGUGACACUCGAGUUAGGAAGAUGUCUUCUGUCAAUGGCAGCAGCCAGAACUCAGUAUUGGGACAGGAGCGUGGCCGACUUGGCGUCUUGGCUAUGUCUUGCAUCAAUGAACUGAUGUCUAAGAACUGCGUGCCUAUGGAGUUUGAAGAGUAUUUGCUACGGAUGUUCCAGCAGACUUUCUACCUCCUGCAGAAGAUUACCAAGGAGAAUAAUGCCCAUACGGUGAAGAGCCGGCUAGAGGAUCUGGAUGAAAGCUACAUUGAGAAGUUUACAGACUUUCUCCGUCUCUUUGUGAGUGUUCACCUACGAAGAAUUGAAUCCUACUCCCAGUUCCCUGUGGUUGAAUUUCUGGCGCUGCUGUUCAAAUACACUUUUCAUCAGCCUACCCACGAAGGCUACUUUUCCUGCUUAGACAUCUGGACGCUCUUCUUGGAUUAUCUGACUAGCAAAAUUAAAAGUCGUCUGGCAGACAAAGAAGCAGUACUCAACAGGUACGAAGAUGCCUUGGUUCUGUUGCUGACAGAAGUGUUGAAUCGAAUCCAGUUCAGGUAUAACCAGGCACAGUUGGAGGAGCUGGAUGAUGAGACACUGGAUGAUGAUCAGCAGACUGAGUGGCAGCGGUACUUGCGCCAGAGCUUGGAGGUGGUUGCAAAAGUCAUGGAGCUCUUGCCAACUCAUGCCUUCUCCACACUAUUUCCAGUUCUGCAGGAUAACUUGGAAGUGUACCUGGGACUCCAGCAGUUUGUGGUCACAUCAGGGACAGGUCAUAGGCUGAAUAUCACUGCAGAGAAUGAUUGUCGGCGUUUGCACUGCUCCUUGAGAGACCUGAGCUCCUUGCUGCAGGCUGUCGGGCGUUUAGCAGAAUACUUUAUUGGAGAUGUGUUUGCUGCCAGGUUCAAUGAUGCUCUUACAGUGGUAGAGAGGUUGGUAAAAGUAACACUGUAUGGGUCCCAGAUCAAGCUGUACAACAUCGAAACUGCAGUACCAUCUGUAUUAAAACCUGACCUUAUUGAUGUCCACGCUCAGUCCCUGGCGGCGUUGCAGGCCUACUCGCACUGGCUAGCGCAGUUCUACAGUGAAGUCCACCGGCAGAACCCGGAGCAGUUCAUCUCCCUCGUCUCCACUGCCCUGGAGGCAGUUACACCCCUCAUCAGCUCUAAGGUGCAAGAGAAGUUGCUGUUGUCUGCGUGCCACCUGCUAGUCUCUUUAGCCACCACAGUACGACCAGUGUUCUUGAUCAGCAUCCCAGCAGUGCAGAAGGUGUUCAACAGGAUCACAGACACAUCUGCUCAGCGGCUUCCUGAUAAGGCCCAGGUGCUAGUGUGCAGAGCACUGUCAAAUGUAUUGUUGCUGCCCUGGCCAAAUCUUCCAGAGAGUGAACAGCAAUGGGCAGUUCGCUCCACCAACCAUGCCAGUCUAAUCUCUGCUCUCACGAGAGAAUAUCGCCAAUUAAAAUCCAAUGCCAUCUUGCCACAGAGAAAAGUGCAACUGGAGGACACCAAAGUGAUCAUCCAUCAGACGCUCAGUGUUUUAGAAGAUAUUGUAGAGAGUAUCUCUGGAGAAUCCACCAAGUCCCGACAGAUCUGUUAUCAGUCACUGCAAGAAUCCGUGCAGGUCUCACUAGCCCUCUUCCCAGCUUUCAUUCAUCAGUCAGAUGUGACAGAUGAGAUGCUGAGCUUCUUCCUCACCCUAUUUCAAGGACUGAGGGUGCAGAUGGGAGUGCCUUUUACCGAGCAGAUUAUACAGACCUUUCUAAACAUGUUCACCAGGGAGCAGUUGGCAGAGAGCAUCCUCCAUGAGGGCAGCACUGGCUGUCGGGUGGUGGAGAAAUUUCUCAAAAUACUGCAAGUUGUGGUACAGGAGCCAGGCCAAGUUUUCAAGCCUUUUCUACCCAGCGUCAUCUCACUGUGCAUGGAGCAGGUCUACCCCAUCAUUGCAGAGCGCUCAUCUCCUGAUGUGAAAGCAGAGUUGUUUGAGCUGCUUUUCCGGAUUCUCCAUCAUAACUGGCGGUACUUUUUCAAAUCCAGUGUUUUGGCCAGUGUCCAAAGAGGAAUAGCAGAAGAGCAGAUGGAGAAUGAAGCACAGUUCAGUGCCAUUAUGCAGGCGUUUGGCCAAUCCUUCCUGCAGCCUGACAUUCACCUGUUCAAGCAAAAUCUCUUCUACUUGGAGACACUGAACACCAAGCAGAAGCUGUACCACAAGAAGAUCUUCCGGACAACCAUGCUGUUCCAGUUUGUGAAUGUGCUACUUCAGGUGCUUGUCCACAAGUCGCAUGACCUGUUGCAAGAGGAGAUUGGCAUUGCCACUUACAAUAUGGCCUCAGUGGACUUUGAUGGCUUCUACUCAGCCUUUCUCCCUGAGUUUCUGGCCAGUUGUGAUGGUGUGGACUCUAACCAGAAAAACGUGCUGGGAAGGAAUUUCAAAAUGGACAGGGAUCUGCCAUCGUUUACCCAGAAUGUGCACAGGCUGGUGAAUGACCUGCGUUACUACAGACUCUGCAAUGACAGUUUGCCCCCUGGAACUGUGAAACUAUAGUUACUGCACUGGACUCGUGUUCUGAUCACUGUAGGGAAUGGAUCCGUAUUUCUUUUGUCACCACAUUCUCUCCUCCCUGAUUUUGUCAGUACUGCAGGACGCAGUGUCUUGCACAUGGGCACAUGUUAUUGGAUUCACGCACCACGCUUCCUUUUCUUCUCUCCCAACCCAAAGGCCCCCCAAUUGGAGUCAGCACUGUCUGCAGGAUGUGUCUUAACGCCCAACCACAGGGCAAUUCAACUGUAUGGAAAGUCCUCUCACUGGGGUUUUGUUUUACUAACGUAGCACUUUGUUGCGUCCAGAGAUUACUGUGGAGUUGUCUUGAGAGAUCUUGUGAGUAUCAAUCAUGAGACAGAAGCGCCAAAGACUACUUCAGACAUUCAUACCUUCGUGUCAUUCCACCUUCUUGCCCCUGCCCAGCUCUCAGAGGAGGAGACUCAUGAUGUUGGGACUGUUUUGGCACUUCUGUCACUCCCUUUGUUUUUAAAUUGCCUUGAAAACCUCCCUGCUGUUUGUGGGGAUUAGAGACUUUUUUUAAAAAAAAACGUUUUCUCAUCAUUCCAUUGUGAUACUAAAACAACAUGCUUAAUGGAAAUAAAGUGCUUACUUUGUUGUUUUAAAUAACUUGUCUUAGUUCCCUUGUAGGCCUGUCUGUCACCAAGCCUUUUUGCUAGAUCAUGUUUCAUACUGUAGAUAGUGAUCUCUUCAGCCCUUCUGCCCUGUAUGCGUUGCCCAUACAGUGCCGUGGGUGCAGACGUGCCUUGCCCAGGCUCCAUGGGAGUCGAUCUGCUCUGACAGAGGUGGGCUUGAAGGGAGAUGACUGCACGAGGGACAUGUCUGAGUGGUGACAUGGAGUCAGUGAGCACUUGUGGCAUAGUUUCUGUAGUUCAAGAUUUGUGGAAAAUGACGACAGCUUGCCAUGUGAAGACGGUGUUUGCUGUUUGGAUAGCCUGUUUGCAGUCAGAGCCUGCAUGCAGGUCUGAACUGGGGCCAGUUUGUUUAUGGGCUUCCUACCCUCCAGUGCUGGAGUUGGAAGAUACACGUGAACCAAAGAGUCCAGCCUACUGAGGACAUGCUUCACCAGGUACAGUCCAUACAACUGAGCUGUGUGAACUGUUGUUAGCAGAGAUCUGUCCGCUGCAUGACCAUCAGCUUGGAAGAGGGUGAUGAUCUGGCACAGAGAGAGACCUCUGACCACCACGAGACUGUAGAGCUGUGACCUACUCAGAGGACAGCCCGCUCUGUUGUGUAGAUGCAUUCGGUGCCCUGAUCAGCAGCUCACACUAGCACGACCCAAGGUGGCUCCGGUGUUCUGCCCUGCUGAGAACUGCAGCAAGAGAUGGUGGUGGCCACCUGCCACCUUUGUGGCCAAGCACUCUGCAACUGUGGCUUCCUUCUGAAAUGUGCUAACAGGAGAGUAGUUAAGACCUGCUCACUACUGAUCUUGGUACAACGAGACCAACAUCAGCCCUUCCGUGCUGUGGAUACUGUAGCUGGUACUGCCUCGUCCUGCUGCUUGCAGUGCCAGCUGCUGGUGGAGGAUGAUGGUAUGUGCCAGAGACUUGUGUGAGUGCUAGGACUCGGUGAUGAUAAAGUCUGAGGGCCAUAGUCUUGCUGGAAUAUCAGAGAGCUCUUGGGUAUCCUUCAACUGCUAGAGAAAGUUCUCUUGUGAAGAAAUUGCGAAGCACUGGUGUGGAGGGGCCCCUGCAGAGAAGCUGGGGGACCCCCUGACUGUCUCUUACUGCCCUGCUGGGGCUGUAUGAGUUAGCCGGUCUCUUGUUGGCCUGCCGCAGCAUUCCUAGGGUGCAGAAGUGUGUUUCAAGAGCAAAAAUGGUGUCUACGUCAACACAAGAGGAGCUGGUCUUGUCCUGGCUCUGGGACCCGAGUUACCUGUGAGUCAAGCAGGUCACCUCUAACCCCAGAGCCUGUACUACCAUCUUGCAGGAAAGGAUUCUACACCAAAUGACUGCUGUGGCUUGACACAGAUGCUUCAUUUUGCUCUGCUCUGAGCAUAGUUCUCCAGGCCGGUGGUGGCUCUGUGUCUUGCAAAAUUUUUGGUUGAUCUAGUUAGUUUGCUAAUACAAGGUGAAAGUGCAUGUGUUUUUCCCUUGCUGACCCCUUGGUCAAGGGCAGCAGUUUGGAAGAUAUCCAAGCAACCUGCAAAGUGCUGUUUGACCCUUGCUGUGCAGAGAAAACAAUUUCUCCUUUGCCAGUCAUCGUGUGACUUCCAAACAAGUCCCUAUGCGUAAACAAAAAUGCUCCCAGACAGCAUUGUGGAAAAAUCCACCUUUUUUGAUGAGCUCAGCUGAGGUUCCUCAUCUCAGUAGAGGAGGCAACAAGAGAUCACUCUGAUGCCAUCCUAGCUCUGUUGCUGCUGUCGCUGGCUCAAGCUGCUGUAGUCUCUCCGUGUCCCAAGAGAGAGGGGAGGUAUGGCACUGUAUCCCAGGCCCUCUUGGAAACCUGGGACCAGGCACCACUCUGGGACUGAGCAGAGCUCUUUGCUAGUCCCCUCUGUCCUGCCAAGGCCUAUAAGCAGUGGGAGAAAGUUGUGCUUGGGCAAAUGAGCUAGAGGAAGAAGCCAAAGAACUGAGAUUAAACAUAAUCCCUCUAACUUGCUCAUCUCCUGCCUCUGUUACCCCCCUCCCCUGCUCAGGAGGGCAGUGGAGGGGUAGCAGCAGCGGAGCGGAGCUCCUUCUGCAGCUCGGGGCAGGAGGAAGCUGCUCUCGCCUGAUCUGUGUUUCCAACUGCUUUAAUCUUCCUUAAACUGCUCCCUUCCUCCGUAGCAUCGCUGCUUCAGCCCGACACGCUGGCACGUGGCCCCUUCAGGCAGGACCUUCC